AUGGACUCGCUGGCAUCGUUGAUUAUGAACUAAACGACAGCGAAACACAGAAACACUUCCUUUCUCUUUUUUUUUCUUUUUUACAACACAACACCUAAACGACACCGUUGAUUCCACAGCACAAAGUACAAAACUUUCCCCUGAAUCUUCUUCUUCUUCUUCUUCUUCUUCCAUUACUGGAUCUAUAGUUUCAUCAGAUUCGGUCCAUUUUCUAACCUUAAACUUUCCAAGUUUCAGAUUUGAAUCUGAAUCUCUCUAGAUGCGAUGUCGUCAGCGUCUUCUCCAGCGCCUCAUUAUAGUUCUCUCCCCUCGCCCUCAUCAUCUAACUCCACUAACUACUUCCUCACACGCGCCGCGACAUCCACGCGCUCCUCUUUCGCCACGCGUCGACCAUGGGAAGAGGUGUUCGCGCUCUACUCCUUCACGCGCCCUUACUCGAUCGGGGAAGCGACGAUGCGCGUGAGGCGCAACCUCGACAACUUCCGCGUGAACUACUUCAUGAUGGUGCUGUUCGUUUUGUUCCUGAGCCUCCUCUGGCACCCAGUCUCGAUCAUCGUGUACUUGGUGGCGCUGGUGGCGUGGUUCUUCCUCUACUUCUUCCGCGACGAGCCCGUGGUGGUGUUCGGCAACGUGGUGGAUGAUAGGGUGGUGGCGGCGGUUCUAGCGGCGGCGACAGUCUUGGGAUUGGUGCUCAGCGGCGUGUGGGUGAACGUGGUGGGUUCGGGGAUCGUUGGCGUUGGGGUUGUGGUGUUGCACGCUGCGUUUAGGAGCACGGAGGAUUUGUACGUGGAUGAACACGAUGGAGGGUUGCUUUCGUUCGUUGGGGGCACCCCUACGAAACGAACGGGAGGGUACACACUAAUAUAAUAGGUCACCCAUUUGUGUGAUACUGUUACAUUAUUACUACAUUACAUUUAUUUUAUGAAAUAUUAAUCGGCAACGCCAAUCAGUGCCCAAAAGAUCAAGGAUAUUGGUUAAGAAAUUUUUCCAAUAUUUUUAUUGAAAGAUAAAAAAUUAUAUUGUUUAUAAUUUUUUAUAAUUUAUAGUAUAAAUAUUUUUUCUUUUUAAUUUCUUAACCAAUAUUCUAAUAUAUCACUCUAACAUAUCAUGAUCUUUUUUUUACAUUUGGGAACAGGGGAAGGGAAUAAAUGUUCAUGCAUUCUUAAUGGGAUGAUUUUUCUUACAUUUGGGAACAGGGUGAGGGAAUAAAUGCCCAUGCAUUCUUAAUGGGACGAGUAGGAAAAAAAGUUUACUCGCUAUUUAUUCUGUCUUUUCAUGUAUACAACUUUUCUCUUCUUUUUUUUUCACCAUAUGUUUUGCUGUGAUGGGGUUUUUGUUUGGGUAUGUAAAUUUUCGGAUUAAUUUAAAGGUUCCAGUUGUGUAUUUUAAGUUCCAAUUUAGGUCUGUUGUUUGCUAGUUUGAUUUUGAUAUGCUCUUGCUUUGUAAUAGGUCAUUCGUUUUCGGUAAGACUUGAUUUAUUUUUUUUCAUAAAGUGAAAAAUGUAAGUAGCUUUUUAGUUUCCAUUAUUAAAGGCUACAUGCAUUUCAGUUUGUAAUUAAUCUCCCGUUCUUUAUUAAGAUGUAUAUUUUCAGUUUACAUCCGAAUUUAAUUUUGUCAA